UUGCCUGGCUUGACUUGACUUGCCAAAACUCUAUCCGUCCAUUUUUCCCUGCAUCGGAUUUCUGGUCCAAGGACACCCACGUCCAGGCUGUUCGAUAAUAUCAGGCGCAAUCAUGGCAGACUACGACUCAGAUUCAUCCGACGAGGAUGUGCGAGGUGACGACAUUCAGACGAACGUGCUGCUCGGCUACGCAUCGAAGGAGGCGACGAGCGAUGAUUUCAGCCAACUUGGCGGACGGCCUGUCUGGCUCGACGGUACGACUGCCCCGUCGGACGCUUACGCAACCUGCAAGAUUUGCAAUGGGGUCAUGAGUCUAUUGCUGCAACUGUAUGCCGACCUUCCAGAGUGGUUCCCGGGCCAUGAGCGCCGGUUGUACGUGUUUGGAUGCAGGAGGAAGCCGUGCAGGCGGAAGGCUGGUUGUGUCCGGGCAUUGAGGGCGGUGCGAGCGAGUGCGAUCCCGGCUUCCACUGCUGAACGUCACGAAACCAAGUCAGAGGCAGAGGAACGCGCACAGCCUGCUGUCAACCUUGGGGAAACACUGUUUGGUGCCAAAUCUUCAACGCCGGCUCAGAAUAAUCCUUUCAGUACGACAGGCUCAUCCAGUGCAAGCAACAACCCGUUUGCAGCGGCGGGAUCCAAUGCAACAACCACAGCGAAGAGCGAACCCAGCCUCAAUGAGACAUUCGCCGAAAAGGCUCGCAUUUCAACAACUACAAAACCCUCUCCACAAGCACCCCAGAUCCCAUCAACCCCAUGGCAACAAGAUCCAUCUCCCUAUCCAUCCUACCACAUCGACGCAGACAAGGAGUACCUCGAACCCGAACCAGCCACAGUCCCCGGCAACGCUCGACUCGACACUGAAGAUGCAAGCGGUGGCAGCAGCAGCGCAGCAGAAGACAAAGCUGCGUUUGAAAGCGCCAUGGACAAAACAUUCCAGCACUUCGCCGAUCGACUCUCGCAGAAUCCCGAGCAGAUCCUUCGGUAUGAGUUUGGCGGCCAGCCGUUGCUGUACUCCAAGUCGGACGCGGCUGGGAGGGUACUCUCGCAUGCUUCCGAGGCCAAAGUGCAGACGUCGUCCACGCUAAACGGCUCGAGCGUGUCGAGAGUGCCUAGAUGUCCGUCGUGUGGAGCUGGACGAUCGUUUGAGCUUCAACUCACCCCGCAUGCCAUCACGGAGCUGGAGGCGGAUGAGAUGGGCGUGGACGGGAUGGAGUGGGGGACUGUCAUUGUAUGUGUGUGCAGCUCGGAUUGCACCGAGAAGGGCAAAGAAGAGGGCCAAGUGGGAUAUGUGGAGGAGUGGGUGGGCGUGCAGUGGGAGGAGGUGGUGAGUGAGAAAAAGCGAUGAUGCCGAGCAGUAUUCCAUUCGAAUUGGCGCAUACUACGCGGGAGGUGCUUGCUGCUGUUGCUGCUGGGACUGGAUUCGCAUAAUCUGCCAUCAGUUAGAGAUUGACCUUCCUGUAGCUCAUGAUAAAACCAUUGCUCACCUG